CUGUCUUAAAAACGCCACAGAACAACCAGCUCCACAUACUUUCAGGGCUCCCAGACCCCAGUAACAUUUCGUCUGGACAGAGCAACACAAUGAAGCUUGGACUUGCCACCGUGGUGUGUUUCCUCAGCUGUGUGUGGUGGUCUGAUGGUGCGCCACCAACCUGCUAUUCCAGAGCGCUGGGUUUGGGCAAAGAAACCAUGUCUUUGCUGAAUAAGAUCCAUACCUAUCAUCGCACGAAAGCCUGUGCGGAAGUUUUGCCAACGAUCUUCAUUGAUAUUCACAAUGCCUGCAUCACAGCAAAGCUCCGGGAUAUCCUCUAUGUGGUGUUAAACCACCCAGAUCAGCAAUGCAAAGAGCGCCCCCGGAUCGUCCUUCUCAAACGCAAACUGGAGAACCUGUACUCCAUCAUCAGCAGGAUUUGUUAUCGGGACCUGGUGUUUUUCUCGGAUGACUGCGAGGCCAUAGAUACUGGACACAUCACACAAAGCUACGGGGAGGACCGGCUGCAGCUCCUGGUGGAAGAGCGCUGAGCGGCCCCCUCAUGGAGAAUGCAUUGGGCCUGCACAUAUUCUGUCAACAUGUAGCCUAGUGUCACAACACACAUUUUACCCUCUUGGAGGUGUUGAAGCUGGGACAAAGGGACCGAUAGACUGGUAGAGUCCUCCUGCUUUUAUCUGUGCUUUCAUACACCUACAGCAUUGCACCAUAGUGGGGCAUAGGCUCCACUUUUUGAAAAGUCACAUACCCUGCUUGAUUUGUAACAACGUGAUACCAAGUAACUUGUUAAGGAUAGAUUGUUCACAAUAUACAAUGUAAUGUACUAUGGGUACAAGAUAUGAAAUGUAUUUGUUUUGUAAAUAAAAAAAAAUGCAAAGAUUACAGUGAGCAAGUGGGUUGCUUC